GAGUCCGGUAUAGUCACUAGCAGCUGCGUGACACCGAUUCCAGUCUCAGUCCAACAGCACGUUUAGAAGGCGAAAGUGGUGGCUAGUUCCCAUACAAAAGUACGGGGAGUUUUUUUAUCCAGAAAUUAAACGUUCAGUAAAAAAAUACAGAAGUCAAAAGCUUCAAAACCAUGGGAUUCUGCGCUCGGGUACUGUUCGUGGGAGCAACACUGCUACUGGCUGUCAGCUACAAGCAGUACAAAGACGCAACCGGACCGCUUCCGGUGCCAUCUUUGGAUCCGAACGAGUACUGGGGUCCCGGCGAUGUCCGACAGUACAAGGAAGACGUCUCCAUCAAACCCUUCAAAGUGGCCUACUCGCCAGAAGUGAUCGAAAAGCUGCGGUCCAAGCUGAACGAUGUCCCUACACUGGUCAAACCCCUGGAGGGAGCAGCAUUCGAGUAUGGCUUCAACAGCAAUCGGCUGCAGGACAUUUUGAAAUAUUGGAAAACCAGCUACCUGAACAAGUGGACUGAAAGAGAAGCCUUCCUGAACAAGUUCCCGCAUUUUAAAACCCAAAUCCAAGGUCUGAACAUCCACUUCAUCCAUGUCAAGCCUAAGGUCCCAGCAGGUACAAAAGUUCUUCCACUGCUGCUGUUGCACGGAUGGCCAGGUUCAGUUCGCGAGUUCUACGAUGUCAUUCCAAAGCUGACGACCAAGUCAGACGACAAGGACUUUGUAUUUGAAGUAGUUGUGCCAAGUCUGCCCGGAUAUGGAUGGUCCGAGGGCGCUUCCAAGCAAGGACUCAGCCCGUCCAGAAUCGCAGUCAUAAUGAAAAAUCUGAUGGAUCGUGUAGGUCAUAAGAAGUUCUACGUGCAAGGAGGAGAUUGGGGAUCCCUGAUUGCCAAUUUGAUCUCAACUCUGUAUCAGGAUAAUGUUUUGGGUGUUCACAUGAACAUGUGUGGCGCAAAUGGGUUGCAAGCAAUCCUGAAAUCGAUCAUCGCUAGUUUCCGUCCAUCAAUGUUCAUUGAAGAGAAAUACGUCGAUUACUACUAUCCAUCAGGACCAAAAUUCAUGCAACUUCUGGUCGAAUCCGGAUACAUGCACUUGCAGGCAACCAAACCGGACACGAUUGGAACGGCCCUCGUCGGUAAUCCAGUGGGUCUUGCAGCUUACAUCAUAGAGAAAUUCUCCACUUGGACCAAUCCUUCGUACCGUCAACUGGCCGAUGGUGGAUUGGAAAAGUACUUCACAUUGGAUAGCCUUCUGGACAACAUCAUGAUCUACUAUUUGACCGAUUCGAUCACCACUUCCCAGCGGAUUUACUACGAAGCGUUCAGUGCCAGCGAGUUUGCUCUGGCCAUUGAUCGCAUUCCGAUCCGAGUACCGACGGCCUGCGCCAAAUUUAAGUACGAAUUGAUGCACACGAUCGACUGGGCGCUGAAGGAUCACUUCACUAACUUGGUCCAGAGCAACCACUUCGAUGAUGGAGGCCACUUUGCUGCGAUGCAGUUACCUGAUGUGCUGUACAAAGACUUUGUAGAGUUUGUCAAAAAGGUUGAAAAGUGAAUCAAAGUCCUUUGGAACGAUGGCUUGGGGUAGACACAUAGUAUUAGAUUGUUAAAAGAGGGUUUUUUGUAUCAAAAAAUAAAAAUUUUAAACAGAA